ACGGGUCAGCCCCCUCAAGUUUCAGUCGGGCAAAGUAAAAAGGUGCGAGGAUAACAGCCCGAGAUUCAUUUUCCCGACAGUGUUUUGACUGAGAACAGGCAGAGAUACGCACAAGCCAAAAUGCCAUCGGGCACCUUCUACCACUAUCGGACGCCUGGCAUCCUGAUCUUCGGGAUGGUGUUGGCGCCGUGCGGAUGGGUCCUCGACCUUACCAGCACGGUUGCUCCGAACUGGAGAACUAUCCAUACCAUACCCAGUGAAUCCACCGACACUUUCCUUCAACAAGGGAUAUGGGACAUCUGCCGUGCGUCGACCACAUCAAGGGAAAUCGAGUGCAACCAACCGGACGAGCCUUACUUCGACGAGCAAAUCAUUGAGAUUGCCCAAGGCAUGAUGGUGGCGUCGCUUAUUGUCACGUUGAUUGGCAUCGCCGUUGCAAUCCCUGGUGUGCGGUGCUGGAGGGAGAGGCCGAACUGGACCGUGGCGGGCCUCGGCGGCCUCCUGAUUUUCUGCUCCGGUGUGCUGACGAUCAUCCCCAUCGCUUGGUACACGCACAUUAUCACCAACAUCACGGCUCCAUCCACCGACAUCCGAGUGGGCUACUGCAUAAUACUUGGCUACAUUGGCGGCAUCCUGGAAGUCCUGGGCGGCUUCGUCAUGUUCAUCGGAAUAUGCCGCUGCUGCAACGGAAAAAACCGAAGCGAGGUGGUGGUGGCGGACACCGGGAAGUCCACCCGUAACCAGCCGCCUCCCAGGAGGAUUACUGUCCCCAGCAUCCCUCGCACAACGAGCAGCGCAAGCAGCGUGCCAUACACCAGGGACUCUUUCGGCCCCACCGAUUUCCCAAGGGCAAAGAGCAACCACGGUAACUCCAAAGCAAGCUCAUCCUACGGUGGCGCACCAUACGACGCGGAUUUGUGAAGAGUGGACACUCAGACUGAUAAAUACUUUCUCCAAAUGAAUAGUAAAUUAUGGUACUUACUUUAUUGUAACACUAACCUUAACAGAAGAGAAAGUGUUGUGACAACGGCACACGUGGGCUUCUGAAAUGAAGGAGCUAUUGAGAUGAGCUCACGUGCAUCUUUUGUCAUGCAGACAUUGAACAAUUAAGUUGUCUUAACUUGGCAGGGCUAGAUCUCUGUUGUUCUGUCGUUAAUCGCGUGAAAUGAAUGUAUGUGAACCAGAAGUAUGGGAAAGGUUUACCCGUUUGUUGUAGGCCUUUGUUGGUCUUGAAGUUGAAACAUGAAGGAUGUCAAGGCCGAUUCUGAAGCGUACAUGCAAUCUUGAGGAACGUGCAAUAUGUCGGUGUUGACAUGAGCUAUAAUUUUAGGCUAAUAUGGAUAUAUAUAUUUUUAUGGUGUGAGGAUUUGGUUAAAGUUUGCAUUUUAACUAAAAGCAGGUAUGCCCAGCUUGUUAAAUCUGUGCAGUUUUAUGCACUACAGUAUACUUUUACAUAUUCUUUAGACUACAAUUUUAAAUUGCAUUACACAUGUUGUCUGGGGAAUGCAAUUAGAUAUUGAUCCCUUCCCAACUGUGAUCUAUGAAGGUGGCGUGACGGUAAGCUGAACUCUUCAAUUAUGUAAAUGGAAAUCUUUGUACUCUUCUGGAAGGACCAAAUAAAUACUUUUAUUAACUUCUGAA